AUGUUUACUGACAACGCUGCCCACACGUCACUUGCCUUCGAGGAUACCCUUCCAGUCGAGGCCCCCGCUACGGCGAAGCGGUCUGAAAUUUGUCAGCCGUUCCAACAUGGCAAGUGUCGAAACGGUGCGGCGUGCCCUGAGCGGCAUGUUCUCUCCCAAUUUAAGUCCAUGCGUUUGGAGGUCUGCAAGCAUUGGCUUCGCGGCGCCUGCGUGAACGGUGAAAAUUGUGUAUAUUUGCAUGAAUACGACGAUCGUUAUGUCCCUGCAUGUGCCUUUUAUCAGCGUCUCGGUGAAUGUUCCAAUCCGGAGUGUCCAUUCCAGCACGUCGUGCAGGUGGAGCGGCAGCCGGAAUGCGCCGCUUACCGCCGAGGUUUUUGUCCAUUAGGUCCCAAGUGCCGGCUGCGGCACGUCUUCCGCCCACCGUGUGUCUUUUACCUCACAGGAUUUUGUCCGUUGGGGCCGAAGUGUGCUUUGGGCCACCCCGUACAGCAGCUUUACAACCGUAAUGACGUUAGUGAGCGGCUGCGGCAGCGGAUGCUGAUCGAGCGGGCAGACGAUCCAUCUUUCAACAAAAAUGCCACAUGUUACCGUUGCUUUGAUCCGGGGCAUCUGUCACCUAACUGUCCGGGUAUGCAAAGUGGUUUGCUCCGGCGGUUGCUGAUGGCUCUCCAGGAACCUGGAGAACAGUUGUACUUCCAGAGCGAUGGACGUGCCGCGCGGAAGUGCUGCUUUUUCUGUGGAGAAGAGGGGCAUGAGGUCCGUGACUGCCCCAAGAAGCAGAAACCCCAACAAUGGGGAGGCCACCGUCGUGGUGAUGCAACGGGAAGGCAGUAA